GUUAAUGGCCAACAAUGGGCCCCAUUUCCUACCUUUUAGAGAUGCGGCGUUUGGUCCAUGCAAUUAUCACUUGUAUAUAAUUGACUGCUUUAAAGCCAUUUCUAAAGCUAUGAAACACAAGUUUUUAGACUUCACUCACUUUAAUAUUGAAGAGUACCAGUACUUUGAGAAAGUGGAGAACGGAGACCUCAAUUGGAUAGUUCCCAACAAAUUCAUAGCAUUUUGUGGUCCGCACUCCAAGUCUGUGGUCGAGAACGGCUAUGCAUUGCAUUCUCCCGAAUCUUACUUCACUUACUUUCGCAAACAUAAUGUCACAACAAUUAUAAGACUCAAUAAAAAGCUUUACGACGCCAACCGAUUCAUCGACAAUGGCUUCGAUCACAGGGACCUCUUCUUCAUCGACGGAAGUACUCCAAGCGAUGCCAUUAUGAGAGAGUUUCUCGAAAUCUGUGAAAAUACUAACGGAGCCGUUGCCGUACAUUGUAAGGCGGGUUUGGGUCGAACCGGGACACUGAUUGCCUGUUGGAUUAUGAAACACUAUAAGUUUACGGCCGCAGAAGCCAUUGCCUGGAUAAGGAUCUGUAGACCCGGCUCUAUCAUAGGCUUUCAACAGCACUGGCUUCAAGAGAUCUGUAGACCCGGCUCUAUCAUAGGCUUUCAACAGCACUGGCUUCAAGAGAAGGAAACCUAUCUCUGGCUUCAGGGAGAUAUUCAUCGAAAUAAAAACUCGAAUAAAAUACAGAAUAUUAUGAAUAACAACAAUGACGAUGACAUAAUCAAUAAGAAUGUCAGUGAAGGCUCUCUCGUCAAGUGUCACAUUCUGGACAACGAUAACAAUGCACUGAAUGUUAUCGCCGGUGAAGUCAAGUCUCUAUAUCUGAGUGACGACUCACCGAAGUGUGAGACCAACGACAGGGGUCGCAAACCACGCAAAUGCACCACUAAUUUGAAUAACUCUGCGAACGAGGAGUUGGAGACACAGGGAGACCAACUCAACAGAAUCAAAGCCCAGCGCAGGAACGCCAGGUCUGCCACUACGGCUACCACUCCAUCAGUGACUGUUAAAUUGGAUGACGACAUGCGUGCACACCGACGGUCCACUUCUCAGCCAAAAGAGGAUAUUUAUAUUUCUCCCCUAAAGUCACUGUCACUCAAGUCUCCAAUAAAGAGCACAACUGUUUCCAUAUAUAAUACAAGAUCUGCCAUCAGAAGAGGCAAAACAGUUGCCAUUGAAGACCAAACGGACGACAACCAAACCGAUGACACAACCAUUACAAGCGUUAAAUAUUUGAAGCAAAUUAAUCGUGACUUAAGUAAAACAAAGAGUCACUUGCCUUUGAACACCAAAACUGGCGUUUGGCGACACAUUGUCGUUCCCAUACAUGUAGUACCCGUUCAAGAGAUUAUCUUAGACUCUGCCUCUACUUCUGCUUCUACUUCUACCUCUAACUCUGACAUUAACUCUAAACCCAAUUCUGGUUCUAUGAAUGUCUCGAAUUACUCGUACUUCAGACGAAUCCGGACGCGGUCUAACUCUCCUCUCACUCAUAAAAUACUUAACAAAACUUCAAACUCUGCUAAUCAUAACACCGCAAACAUUAAUACUAAAGUCACUAUUGAUAACAAAUCUGAUAUCAAUUUGAAUUUGCUUUCAAACAACAAUAAUAUGCCAAACUCAGCAACUGGUAUGCAAUCGAUUGGUGUGUCGAAGCCAUUGGUUCGGUGACAGUCUGGCAGCUUGUCGUGUAAAAGACCCAAACGGACGCAGACUAACAGAGUCUUAUGCAGCAAAUCCAGCAAAACAGUCAAACCUUCCAUUCCUCCUAAAUAUCCUUUCAGUAAAAAAUCGAGAAAAAUGUGUCGAAAGAAUAGAAAGGUUUGUAACAAAACAACUAAACCAAAAUCGUCGGCAAUGUCUCUGUCUGUCUGUUCCGGAUCACCAAAAACAGUAAAGAAAGUGAAGCAAUGAUUCAAUGAUUCAAUACUUUAUUCUAUAAUUUGCUUUAAG